AUGCCGUUCAAUUCUAAAUCCCAUGAACCACAACUACGCUCGUUCAAACACAACGACAACGAGUCUAACGGUGUCGGUGCAGUGUACGUCAUAUCCCGUGACACCGACAAGGCGGCACCUAGUAACGGAAAUCUACUAAUACAGGAUGCCGGAGUGACUUCCAAAGAUGACAAAUCAAAGGACAGUGAUGAGGAUAAGAAAGUCACUUUUCUCCAGUUGUUCCGCUUCGCUGAUAAAAAAGACGCGUUGCUGAUGCUCGUGGGAACGUUCACGGCGCUGGCGUCAGGCAUCUUGCUCCCCGUUAAAUCUACUCUUCUAUGGAAGAGUCAUCAGUCUCUUUGUAGGCGGCAGCAGUUCAAACAAACCUCGGGAAUUGCUAUUGUAUUUUGCAUACUUGGCGUGCUGGCUUUGAUAAUGGGUUACCUAUCAGUGACCACCUGGUCAUGGACUUCUGAACGUCAGAUUCGACAAAUCAGGAUCAACUUCUAUCGGUCUGUGAUGAAACAAGACAUACCCUGGUUUGACGGUCACAAGAGUGGCGAGUUGACUACAAGGUUCUCAGAGGAUAUGCUGCAGAUCCAUGAUGGGAUGGGGGACAAGCUGGCUGUGUUCCUCCAGUGGAUAUGUACCUGGCUGGCGUCUGUCGUCAUAUCCAUUGCUCUGUACUGGAAGCUUGCACUGGUCGCCCUGUCAUUCAGUCCCUUCAUUGUGCUCAUAUCUGGAACCCUCAUUGGAUAUGCUCGGAAUGUGACGAAGCAGGAAGCGAUGAAGUACGCUAAGGCAGGUGCAGUGGCGCAGGAAGUGUUCAGUUCAAUACGGACAGUACACGCGUUCCAGGGACAAGAGAAAGCGUGCAGCAGGUACGAUGUCAACCUUGCUGAGGCGAAAAGCAUGGCCGCUAAGAAGGGCCUGGCUGUUGGGCUGACGACGAGUGGCUUCUGGGUAACCGUCCUCAUCGACUUUGCUGUAUCCUUUUGGUAUGGCGUGUAUCUCCUCCAGAAUGAAGCCUUGGACCCCGGGGUUAUACUGCCAAUAUUAAUGAACGUUAUGAUCGGAUCAACGUCUCUGGGCAUGGCCUUCCCUUACUUGGAGAUCUUCUCCACUUCCUUCGGGGCUGCUGGGAAGAUCUUCACCAUCAUAGACCAUGUGCCAACUAUAGACAGUUCAUCGGACGAAGGGCUUCAACCGCAUGUGCUGGGAGACAUAGAGUUCCGGGAUGUGGGUUUCACAUACCCCAUGAGGCCAGACACUCAGAUUCUCAAUGGAUUUAACCUGAAGGUACCCAAGGGAAAGGUAGUCGCUCUUGUUGGGCCAAGUGGGUGUGGCAAGAGCACGACCAUUCAGCUGCUGCAGCGCUUUUACGACCCUAAGGAUGGCCAGAUUCUGCUCGAUGGCGUUGACGUCCGGAACCUCAAUAUUGGCUGGCUACGUCAACACAUCGGCAUUGUGAGUCAAGAACCCGUGCUGUUUGCAACCACUAUUGCUGACAACAUCCGCUACGGCAACGUGGGCAUUGACAGGGCUGGCAUAGAGAAGGCGGCCCGAGAAGCCAACGCUCACGACUUUAUCGCAGAGUUACCGCAGGGGUAUGACACUAUUGUUGGAGACCAAGGGGGACAACUCUCAGGUGGACAGAAACAACGGGUAGCAAUUGCUCGGGCUUUGGUUCGUAACCCCAAGAUUCUGCUGCUGGAUGAGGCAACCUCCGCCCUGGACCACGAGAGCGAAGCCAUUGUGCAGAGGGCCCUUGAGCAGGCCGAACGAGGGCGCACAACAAUUGUUAUAGCUCACCGUCUGUCGACCGUCAAAAACGCUGACGUAAUAGCGUCCAUCAGUCAUGGUCAGGUGGUAGAACAAGGAACUCAUGAUCAACUCAUCGCAAAUGGCGGACUGUAUUCCCGACUAGUGGCACUGCAAGUACGUUUCCUUGACAACACGAUUUAUAAAAUGACAUCACCGGACUUCAAUCCAAUCGAACAUCCGUGGGAUGCCCUGGACAGACGGGCGAACACGGCAGAGUCUGCAGAUGAGGAUAUCGUUGAUGUUGACAUCGUGGAUGAUUCUGAUGAGAAUGAUGAGGAAGAUCCCAUCCUAGAUCCUACCUUUGAGAGGACGUUGUCCAAUAGGAAAGGCCAUCUCCGUGUCAGACUGAGAUCUGGCUCUGGACGCAAAAGGAAAAGCACUGAAACGGAAGAGGAUGCAGAGACAGUUGAGGAAGAUGAGUCCAUUCCAACAGUUAGUUUCAAGAGGAUUCUUCGUCUCAACGCUCCGGAAUGGCUAUUCCUGCUGUUUGGCAGCCUUGGUGCCAUUGUGUCUGGACUGAUGAUGCCACUGUUUGCCUUUUUGAUCUCAGAGUUUAUUCGAAUCUUUGGAAAGAGAGAUUCUCCCAAAGAACAGAUGCGAGAGACCAUCAUCAUCAGUUGUGUAAUGGGUGCUUUAGGAUUCAUCAACGCUAUCGCCAAAUUGUUGCAGGCAUACUGCUUCUCUAAGUCUGGCGCUGCCCUAACUGCCCGUGUUCGAAGUGUGGCCUUUGCGUCCAUAGUGUACCAGGACAUGACUUUUUUCGAUAACCAGAAGAAUCAAGUAGGUUAUCUUACGACGCGACUAGCGUCAGACGCACAGGUUCUUCAGUCGGUGAGUGGAGCUAUAUCUCAGAUCGGGUUCAUCCUGGAAGCUCUGGGAACACUGAGUGCUGCCCUGCUCAUUGCCUUCAUAUAUGGCUGGAAGCUGGCUCUUACUAUUCUUUGUUUUAUGCCCAUAAUGGCUGGAGCCGGCAUCAUUCAAGGACGGGUAUUUAAGGGAUUCUCCAAAGCUGACAAGGACUCUGUACAGCAGGCUGGAAGGAUCUGUUCUGAAACGACUGCCAACAUUCGCACUGUAGCAUCGCUUAACACUGAGAAAGUCUUUGUCGACAAAUAUGAGGACAUUAUUACCAAAAUAUGCAAUGCUGGCGUGAAGAGGUCCCACAUCCGAGGCUGUGCCUACGGGUUCUCUCAGUGCAUUUUAUUUUUCGCUUAUGCAGCAGCAUUUUCGUAUGGAUCGUAUCUGGUACAGACUGGGGAAAUGCAGUUUUUCGAAGUAUUCAGAGUCUUCGCCCCAAUUGUGUUUGGGGGCCAGCAGAGUGGAAGAGCUACUUCUUCCUCUAACGAUUAUGCUAAAGGGAAGAUGGCGGCUGGUCGUCUGUUUGCAGUCAUUGAUAGGCAGCCGGAGAUAAGCACAGAAACUUCGAAAGGAAAGACACUUGAUCACUACAGUGGGGCAAUCACUUUAACCAACGUACACUUCCGCUACAAAUCUCGGCCGAACGUGACUGUCCUGAAAGGCCUGAGUUUCGACGUCCAGCCCGGAGAGACUCUAGCCCUGGUGGGCAGCAGUGGCUGUGGCAAGAGCACUACCAUACAACUCAUCGAGCGCUUCUAUAACACAGAAAAGGGAGCGAUGAUGGCAGACAAAUCCCCGAUCACCAGUCUAGAACUCAAGUGGUGGCGAUCACAGUUAGCCCUUGUAUCACAGGAACCUAUUCUUUUCGACUGCAGCAUAGCAGAGAACAUCGCCUAUGGUGACAACUCCCGUAUUGUGUCUAUGGACGAGAUUAUAGCAGCAGCCAGAAUGUCAAACAUCCAUUCCUUUAUUGCAUCUUUACCUCUGGCGUAUGACACUAACGUUGGAAGCAAAGGUACGCAACUCUCUGGUGGACAGAAACAAAGGGUAGCCAUUGCUCGGGCUCUUGUCCGGAACCCCAAGGUGCUUCUUUUGGACGAAGCUACAUCUGCCCUGGACACUGAGAGCGAGAAGGUUGUCCAGGAGGCAUUGGACAGGGCACGAGCAGGUCGGACUUGCAUUGUCAUCGCCCACAGACUGUCCACUGUCCAGAAUGCGGACAAGAUCGCGGUCGUGAAACAAGGGGAGAUAAUCGAAGUGGGAACACACAGAGAUCUGUUAGCUGUGAAAGGAGCAUAUUACAAUCUUGUCCAGGCUCAAAAUAGGAAGAAGAAAGAUUCAGAGUGACGUCGUGUACAG